AUGCCGAUUACUCUCCCGGUAGCCCCCCUAGUCUGCAAAAUCCGUCUUCAAGGCAUUAGCGACGAAGUUCAGGGCGCUGCUGAAGCGGGGAUAGGGCCCGUGUUGCUCGGGCUAUUUAUGGGUCUGCUGGUCAGAACCGUACCAGGAGGACAUGCAGACUUUGGCCGUGGUCUCAAUCUCCAAUUCGGCAUGAGUGCGGCUGUGUAUCCUGUAUUCGAGGAUCAUCCGAUCAAGCAUAGCAUUCGGAGAGUGGAAUGGUUCUGGAUUGAGUCCACUGGGACGGCAACUGUGAUAACGCCCUUUCCCGAGUCGCCCGGGUCGGGCAACGGCGACUGGCAUAUCGCGCCUCAGUUGUCUAGUUCGGUCCGGUGGGGCGUGACUGGGCACCUCCUAUUCGAGAUCAUCUGUGUGUUGGCCCCAGAACUCAAAUCCUCUCGGCGAAAUUCUCCUAACGGCAGGGCGGACCGGGGCCCGUCCAAAGUCUCGAUCCUUGCCCCGCUCCACCACGCCGAAUUAAACGCUAAGAACGGGGCGAAGGAUCGUCGAGAACAGUCCGGACUAUGA